AUCAAGUUCACAGGGCAGCCCGAGGAAAACAUUUUGGACUCCCCCAUCAGAUGCUGAGCAAACAUGGUGAUGGAGUCGUCCAGCAACAGUCGCCCCCUCCAAUUCGCCUCCGCGUCAUCCAUUGGGGAGGCGCCCUUCCUACUACUAGUAGUGCUAGUGAGCGCCCCCAUCCUACUAGUGCCUCGCCAUCCCUUCGGAUGGUUCGCCUUUCCUGACGAAGUCUUGAGCUUACCCUUCCACACCCAAAGCGAGGGCUCGCUCCUCCAGAUUCCUCGAGUGGUUUUUGCUGUAACUGUCAGCUCUACCACUCUCACCGUGACACUAGUAGUAGAGUCUUCCACCGCUAGCGGGAGUGGGAGGCGCACUGGUCGCCAUGAUGACGACGCGGCGCCUGUGCAUGGUGGCCGCGGCCGUGCUCGCCGUGGUGCUGUCCAGUCAAUUCCACGCCGUCGCUAGUGUCGCCAUAAAGCCCGAUCAAGUGCAAGCGCUGAUGGCCAUGAAGUCCGCCAUGAGUCUGCCGUUCGCCUCGUGGGACUCCGCCGCCCCCGAAUGCACCUCGUGGCAAACGUUGACGUGCAACAGUGCCGGCGAUGUCGUGUACAUGUUCUGGAAUGAAAUUGGCAUCGUGCGCAAGAGCUUCCCCGCUGACAUCAGCAAGCUCACAGGCUUGACAAAGCUGUGGAUGAUCCGCGGCCUCAUCGACGGCGACAUCGGCAAGUUCGUCAAGCCCUUCAGCACGCUCAUCAGCUUGGAUACCUUGAGCUUGCAAUACAAUUGGUUCCAUGGGACUUUCCCAAGCGUCCUGUUGACCCUGCCCAAGCUUACUGAUUUGAACCUGGGGUCCAACCUGCUCUACGGCCCGUUGCCAGCCGCUGCCAGCAAGUUCGUGUGGCUCACCAUCUAUGACAACUGGUUCACGGGUCCCGCGCCCACUGGGCCCUUUGACCUGUGCGACGUGUCGACCAACUGCCUGGGGUACGCGGAGCAGGGCAGCUGCGUCAUCCGGUCGCGCAGGAGUGUCACCGACUGUGCCAUUUGCGGCAGCACCAAUGGCACUGGCCGUCUGUGCGGCAUUGGGGAGGCGUGCGUGGGGGACACGGACACUGCCAUUUCCACCAGGCGUCCACGGGGAUACAGCCCAGCGCUGUUCAAGUGUGUCGUCAGCUUCCCCACCAUGGACGCCGGGGACGCGGCGGCGCUGCUGAGCAUCAAGGCGGCCAUGGGGCUCACCUUCACCAGCUGGACCGUCGACACUCUGUGCCGCGUGGAGGGCUCCAAUGCCGUGGCCGUUACGUGGGAGCGGGUCAGCUGCACCGAAGAUGGCCGUCUCUUCAUGAUCAACCUGGACGCCUUGAGUCUCGUGCGAAAGAGCUUCCCGUCGGACAUCACCAAGCUCACCACGCUGGGCGUUGUGUGGAUGCCGUGGAACUUCAUUGACGGCAGCCUUGAGGCCUACGUCAAAGAUUUCACUGCGCUCACCAACUUGCAAGUCUUGGCCAUGCAGUACAUGUACUUCUCGGGGUCGUUCCCCAGCGUGCUCCUCAACCUGCCCAGCCUUACCAACGUGGCGCUCCGCUACAACUACCUCACGGGUACUCUCCCCGCGGCCAUCACCAAGAUCAAGAGCCUGGACGUGUACUCCAACUACCUGGUGGGCAGCAUCCCCACGGGCACCUGGACUGGCUGCAACAGCGGCUACAACUGCUUCGCCAGCACUGGCAACUGCGCCGGCUCCCAGCGCUACACCUGCGCCAUCUGCGGCAGCACCAACGGCGCCGCCCCGCUGUGCUCCGGCUGGCCGUGUGUGCCCGACGCGGACGCGCGCAUUGCCGCCAAGACCAACAACUACGGCUCUGAAGCGGCGCUCGUGUGCAAGUACCUCUACAUGAAUGCUGGCGAUGCGGCGGCGCUGCUGAGCAUCAAGUCCGCCAUGGGGCUCACCUACACCAACUGGGCGACCACCGUUCCGUGCCGUGUGGAGGGCGACGCUGUGACCACAUUCGAGUGGUCCAGCGUCACCUGCACGGCUGACGGCCGCCUCUACAUGCUCAACCUGGACUCCGCGGGCCUUGUGCGCAAGAGCUUCCCCUCGGACCUCACCAAGCUCAACACUCUCGCCUCGCUGGCGAUGCCGUGGAACUUUCUGGAUGGGAGCCUCGAGGCGUACAUCAAGGACUUCUCUGCGCUCACCAGCUUGAAGACCCUCGCCAUGCAGUACAUGUACUUCUCGGGCACAUUCCCCAGCGUGCUCCUCAACCUGCCCAGCCUCAAUGCCUUGGCGCUGCGCUUCAACUAUCUCACGGGCUCUCUCCCCGCCACCGUCACCAAGAUCAAGAGCCUGGACCUGUACUCCAACUACCUGGUGGGCAGCGUCCCCACGGGCACCUGGUCCUACUGCAACAGCGGCAGCAACUGCUUCGCCAGCACCGGCAACUGCACCGGCACUCAGCGUUCCGCCACGGCCUGCGCCAUCUGCGGCACUACCAAUGGCGUGGGCACGUUGUGCCCCGGCACCACGAAGCCGUGCGUGGCGGAUGCGGACUCAGCCAUCGCCGGCAAGGUCAAGAACUCCGCCGGGUCAGCGCCCAUCUUCUGCUACACCGUCUACAUGGAUCCCGGCGACGCGGCGGCGCUACUCAACAUCAAGUCCGCCAUGGGGCUUACCUUCACCAACUGGGCCGCCACCAGCGGUUGCCGUCUGGAGGGCGCUGCUGCGAACCCUGGCGAGUGGUCUGCUGUCACCUGCACCGCUGACCGCCGCCUCUACUCGCUCUCCCUGGACUCCGCAGGGAUCGUGCGCAAGAACUUCCCGUCCGACCUCACCAAGCUCAACACCCUGGCUGUGCUGAAGAUGUCGUCCAACUUCCUGGACGGGGAGCUCGCCGGCUACCUCACCUUCUUCUCUGCGCUCUCCAACCUGCAGUCCCUCGCCAUGCAGUACAUGUACUUCUCGGGGUCAUUCCCCAGCGUGCUCACGAACUUGCCCAGCCUUACCAACGUGGCGUUACGCUACAACUACCUGACGGGGUCUCUCCCUGCGGCCAUCACCAAGAUCAAGAGCCUGGACCUAUCCUUCAACUACCUGGCGGGCAGCAUCCCCGCGGGCACGUGGACCGCGUGCAACAGCACGAGCAACUGCUUCGCCAGCGUUGGCAGCUGCGCCGGCACGCAGCGCGCUGCCACCGCCUGCGCCAUCUGCGGCAGCACGGACGGCACGGGCACGCUGUGCACGACGGGCAGAUUCUGUGUGGCGGACGCCAACACGUCCGUGGUGGCCAAGGUGCCCAACACGGCCAGCAAGGUGGCGCUUGUGUGCAACGGCCUCAUGAUGAACUCCGACGACGCGGCGGCGCUGCUCAACAUCAAGGCGGCCAUGGGGCUCACCUUCACCAACUGGAACACCACCAACCCCUGUCCUCUUGAGGGCGUCGCUGCCAACCCUGGCGAGUGGGACCGCGUCAGCUGCACUUCUGACGGCCGCCUCUACAUGAUCAAUCUGGACGCCAUGGGGCUCGUACGCAAGAGCUUCCCUUCGGACCUCACCAAGCUCACAACGCUGGGCAUGGUGUGGAUGCCGUGGAACUUCCUGGAUGGCAGCAUGGCGGUCUACCUCAAGUACUUCUCCGCGCUCACCAACUUGAAAGUCUUGGCCCUGCAGUACAUGUACUUCUCAGGGACAUUCCCAAGUGUGCUCACAAGCCUGCCCAAGCUUACCUCCAUGGCACUGCGCUUCAACUACCUGACGGGCACGCUGCCCACCGCCAUCACGCGGAUCGUGUCGCUAGACCUCACCAACAACUACUUGGUGGGGUCGCUGCCCACCGGCUCCUGGACCUACUGCGAGAUCCACAGCAACUGCCUGGCCAGCGCCGGCAACUGCCAGUACUACGGGCAGAGGUCGGGCUGCAACAUCUGCGGCAGUGCUGACGGCACGGGCACCCUGUGCACCGUCACGCAGGCGUGUGUGCCCAACGCGGACGCCGCCAUCACGAGCCGCACGACGAACAGCUAUGGAGGCGCAGGCAUGGCGUGCGUGGAGAGGAUCAUCACCAUGGACUCCGAUGAUGCGGCCGCCAUGCUGAACGUCAAGAGCUCGCUGGGCAUGACGUCCACCACGUGGAGCGUGUCCGCGCCGUGCCGCCUGGCCGCGUCCACCAAGGCCAUCGCGGGCGAGUGGGUGGGCGUCAAGUGCUCCGAUGCCGGCAAGGUGGUGGCCAUUGCUCCGGGACCCGCAAACCUCAAGGGCACACUCCAUGCAGACUUCUCCAAGCUUACCGCUCUGACCACCAUCGACCUGGAGUACAACGUGUUCAACUACCGCCUCGACUCCUACAGCGCCGUCCUGCAGACCCUGCCGCUCAUCAAGAUGAUUCUCUUCGAUUACAACUAUUUCUACGGGGAGGCCCCCUCGGUCCUCAUGGGUCUCUCCACCGUGACCGGCAUGGGCAUGUCGUUCAACUAUCUCACUGGCACCAUCCCAGCGCUGGGAAGCCAGCUGAAAGCCAUUGACAUUCGAGGAAACUUCUUCACUGACCUGCCCGGCAUCACCUACUCGAUCUGCGCUGGCUCGGGCAACUGCCUGGUGGCGCCCUCCAAGUGCACCACCACGGGCACCGUGCAGCGUGAUGCACGCGCCUGUGCUGUCUGCGAGUCCACCAACGGUCUCGCCCCCUUCUGCGCCUCGGGUGGAGGGGUGUGCACGCCUGAUGCUGCUGCGGCUGUUGCUGCUGGCACCGUUCCCGUGGCUUCACCCGGCACUUUGCCAAUGAACUGUGUGGGCGGCGUCAUCUACAAGGAGGUCACCAUGAAGCAGAGCGCAGCCAUGCUGGCCCUCAAGUCCAACCUGGGCGUGACCUACACCAACUGGGCGGCCACUGUGCCGUGCAAGGUCAACGGGCAGAACACCACCAACACCACCUGGAGCGGCGUGCUCUGCGACAACGUUGGGAACGUUGUCAGCAUAUCGCUCAAGGCUAAUGCACUCAAGGGCUUCAUCGGGACCGAGAUGACCCAGCUCACCCGCCUCACUUCCCUGGAUCUGCGCCAGAACUUGUUCGACGGGCCCUUGUACCUCUUCCACGCCAACAUUCAGGGGCUCUAUGCUCUCAGGGAAUUGUACCUGCAGUACAACUACUUGUAUGGCGGUGUGAUCCCACAGCUCGUCAACAUGCCCUCCCUCAACACCCUGGGGCUCGCGUACAACUUCCUCACUGGAGCCACCUGGCCCGCCAUGUCGUCCGUGCUCAAGUGGCUGGACAUGCGCGGCAACUACGCCAGGGACCUGACGAGCCACUCCCUCACAUGGUGCGAAGGGUCGAGGAACUGCCUGGCCACGCCCUCCAAGUGCGCCAACGGCACCGCAGGCACCACGCAGCGCUCGGCUGAUGAGUGCGCCAUCUGCGGCACCACCACCGCCUCUGGCUCUUUCUGCUGGGGAGCCUCCACGUUUUGCGUUCCCGAUGCUGCUGCCGCCAUCAGCGCCAGCACUCUCAACAACGCGUCAACUUUGCGCAUGUACUGCAAAGGUCACACGGUGGUCGGCAUGACGCCCUCAGUCAAUGCAGCCAUGCUGGCACUCAAGUCGGCGCUGGGCGUGACUCUGGCCACGUGGGAUGCCAGCAAGCCAUGCGCCGUGAAGGACGUGGCGCCUUCCAUGACCUCGUGGGCCGGCGUGCUCUGCGAUAUCCUUGGGAAUGUCGUCAGCAUCCAAGUGUCAGAUGCGAAGCUCAAGGGCACUCUCCCUUCUGAGAUGUCAACGCUCACAACUCUCACUUACCUCAACCUGCAGGGCAAUCUCCUCAACUACCGCCUCGAUUCCUUCACCUCCUCCCUUCGAUUCUUGCCAGUGCUUGCUGACAUCCGCCUGCACUUCAACUAUUUGUACGGGGAGAUCCCCUCAUAUCUUGUGGGCCUCCCAAAGCUAACUCAGCUCGGCGUUGCCUACAACUACCUCACAGGCUCGGUGCCGGCGCUGGCCAGUGGGCUGCGCACGGUGGACUUCACGGCCAACUUCCUCACGGACCUGCCGGCCGUCAACUACACGUGGUGCGGCGCUGCCACCAACUGCCUGCUCGUGCCCUCCAAGUGCACCAACAGCGGCACCACUCAGAGGGAUGCGGCCGCCUGCGCCUUCUGCGGGACCUCCAACGGCGUGGCGCCCUUCUGCUGGGGGGGGGGAGGGGCGUGCAUGCCUGACGCGGCUGCUGCCAUCUCGGCCGGCACGGUGAACAACAAUGCGCAGCCCGCGCGCCCCAUGGUGUGCGUCGGCGGGUCCGUGGUGCCCAUCAAGGACAGCGCAGUGAUGCUGGCGCUCAAGUCGUCGCUGGGCGCGACGUUCAACAGCUGGUCGGCGAGCGUGCCGUGCACGCUCAAGGGCGCCACGUCGUCUGUGAUGACGUGGUCCAAGGUGCUCUGCGACUCCGCCGGCAACGUCGUCAGCAUCGAGUUGAGGAACACUGGGCUCUCAGGAAUCCCCCCAGCCGACAUCUCCAAGCUCUCUGCCCUCACCUACCUGCAUCUGAUGACGCAGCUGUUCCAGGCGCCCCUUGCCGACUUCGUGUCCACCCUCUACCCCAUCACGGGCCUCAGGGAGCUCUACCUGCAGUACAACUGGCUGUACGGCUCCGUGCCGUCCACGCUCGUCAACCUGCCCAGUCUCUCCGUGCUUGGGCUGGGCUACAACUACCUCACGGGCAGCUUCCCUGCCUCCAGCAGCCUCAGGGUGCUGGACCUGCGCGGCAACUUCUUAACUGCCAUGGGGAGUGCGGCGCUGAGCUGGUGCGACGGCCACACCAACUGCUUCGCCAAUCCCUUGGUGUGCAGCAUGGGAGGCGCCACCCAGCGCCCCGCCGCCGAAUGCGCCAUCUGCGGCACCACCAAUGGCGUGCCGCCCUUCUGUGGCGGCUCCGGGACAUGCUCACCCGACUCCGCCCCCGUGGCCGCCCAGGGGACGCCCAAUGUGAUGGGCUCUGCCACCCUGCCCAUGGUGUGCAGCGGCAUCCCCAUUAACGCUGCUGAUGCGGUGGUGCUGAUGGCGCUCAAGUCGUCGCUGGGCGUGACGCUGAGCAACUGGAACCCCGCAGCACUGUGCACGCUGGAGGGCAAGACCCUCCUGCCCGCGCAGUGGGGCGGCGUGCGCUGUGACGCCGCAGGCAAAGUGCUCAGCAUCGCUCUGACGCGUCAGGGGCUGCAGGGCUACAUUCAUCAAAACGUCUCCCAGCUCACCACGCUCACGUACCUCGACCUCGGCUACAACCUCUUCCAGGGCCGCCUGGACCUCUUUGCCACGCCGCUCAAGGCCAUGACCACCCUCAAGGCGCUCUUCUUCCACUACAACUAUUUCGACGGCUCCAUUCCUCCCACCAUCGCUGCACUGCCGCAGCUCACCUCACUUGGCCUCUUCUCCAACUACCUCACGGGCACGGUGCCCAUCCCCUCCAAGGCGCUGGUAGCUCUGGACCUGGGCUUUAACUUCCUGUCGGGUGUGUUCCCCAAGCUGCCACUCAUCUUCUGCGCGGGCGACAACAACUGCUUUGUCAACUCCACCAACUGCCGCACCUACGGCCUCGCACAGCGCCCCGCCGGCGCCUGCGCCAUCUGCGGCACCGCGGCGGGCCAGGGUGACAUGUGCUUCGGCGGCUCAUGCACUCCCAACGCCGCCGCUGCUGUUGCUGCCGGCACCAUCAACUCGCCGAGUCAGCCGGUGCUGCCCAUGUCGUGCGGAGACAAUCCAGCGGCAGCCAUGGAUGCAGGCUCAGCACUGGCGCUGCUGAACGUGAAGAGCGCACUGGGAGUGACGUUCACCUCGUGGAAUUCUGCCACCCCCUGCGCUAUCGUCAACGCCACUGUCACCGUCGCUGGCACCUGGACCGGUGUGCUCUGCUCCUCUACUGGUGCCGUCGUCAGUGUGAACCUCUCCUCUGCGGCGCUGACUGGCAGCAUGCACGCCGACAUCUCCAAGCUCACUGCGCUCACCUACCUGGACCUGUCCAACAACAUCAUCCGCGCCCCCAUUGGGAACUUCACUGCCGCUCUUUCUGCCCUCUCGUCGCUCCAGAGCCUGCGUCUGAACAACAACUGGCUUGCUGGCACUAUGCCUAAUACUCUGUUCGAGCUGCCUGCACUCACUCUGCUGGACCUGCACGCGAACGCGCUGACGGGCUACCUGCCGACCUUCCCCGACGCGCUGCUGUCGUUCUUCAUCCAAGACAACUUCUUCGUGGGCGUCAUCGACAUCAACACGCUCACCGCGUGCGACGCCAGCCUCAACUGCAUGGUGGACACCACCGAGUGCAGCGCGGGCAGCACCACGCAGAGGGCCUCCGCAGCCUGCGCCAUCUGCGACACCACGGACGCCGAGGGGACGUUGUGCUGGGGUGGCACGUGCACGCCCAAUGUGACGGCCACUACGAGCCACCCGGAUGGGAAAGCCCCACCGCCCAUGUACUGCUUUGGAGCUCCGGUGAUCAAAAUGAACGCUGCUGAUGAGGCGGCGCUGCUGGUGAUCAAGAGUGCGCUGGUCAUGUCGUAUGACUCGUGGGUCAACGGCACGUUCUGCACCGUCGCGCCUGCUGAGUGGGUGUACGGCACGUGGGAUGGCAUCCUCUGUGACUCCGUGGGCAAAGUCCAAAGCAUGCGACUCGCUUACGCCGGGCUAACAGGCACUGUCCCACUCGCUAUCUCCACUCUCACUGCUCUUACGGGCAUCGACCUGGGCUUCAACCUCUUCCAGGGCCGCAUGGACGAAGUGACCACGCACCUGCGCCUCCUCACCAACCUCCAAGUCCUCAAUCUCGCCUACAACUGGUUCUCCGGCUCAGUGCCUGCUUUCAUGCCCGCUCUCCCCAAGCUCAUUGGACUCGGGCUGGGCUACAACUACCUGACGGGUCCGCUGCCGAACGUGACGGCGCCGCUGAUCGCCAUUGACGUGCAGUUCAACUACCUCGCCGGCACCUUCCCCGCGCUCACCAACCUCUCCUUCUGCGGCGCUCGCAUGAACUGCUUCCUCGACGCCACCAAGUGCAAGAACCCUCAGCGCGCCACCGAGGUGCAGCGCACCACAGCCGCGUGCGCCAUCUGCAACACGACCAACGCGCAGGGGAAGCUGUGCAACGGCGGGCUGUGCAUGGUGAACGCCACGGACCUGGUGGCAACGGGCGAGACCAACAGUGCGUCAUCCCCCACGCUGCCGCUGAUCUGCGUGGGCGCGGCCUUUGUGGCCAUGGAUGCCACCCAGGCAGGCGCCAUGCUGAACCUCAAGGCGUCUCUCGGAGUGACCUUCACUGACUGGAAGGCCGACUCGCCCUGCUCCCUGCCUGGUGGUGUCGCCCCUGGGUCGUGGAGUGGGGUCACCUGCGAUGCCACAGGCAAAGUCACUGUCGUAUCCCUCAAGUCCCAGAAGCUGGCAGGAAGCAUCCAUUCCGACAUCUCCAAGCUCACCACACUCACCACGCUUGACCUGCAGUCCAACCUGCUGCAGGGGCGCCUCGACUCCUUCGUUGCCACCAUCAAGGCGCCCCUCGUGCUCAAGGAGCUGUCUCUGCAGUACAACUAUCUCGCUGGCCCUUUCCCCUCCACCCUGCUCGCCCUCGCCACCCUCUCCAAGCUCUCCGUGGCGUUCAACUACCUCACGGGCUCCCUGCCCACGGUGCCGGCGUCCGCCAAGUCGCUGGACGUGCAGGGCAACUACCUGGCGGGCGCCUUCCCCGCCAACACACUCACCUUCUGCGCCGCCAUCACCAACUGCCUCACCGACGCCUCCAACUGCGCCUCGCUCGGCGUCUCGCAGCGCUCGGGGGCGGAGUGCGCUAUCUGCGGCACCGCCUUUGGCCAGGGCACCCUGUGCGGCGGCGUCUUCUGCACCGUCAACACCACCGGCGUCACCACGCCUCCCACUGCCACGUCUCCCCCUCUCAACCUCUUCUGCCCUCCUGUUGCCAUGGACACCAACACCACCGCCACGCUGCUGGCGCUGAAGACAAUGCUGGGGGUGACGUCCACAGACUGGGCCGCCACGACGGUGGCGCUGAAGCCAAAGGCGCUGAAGAGCGGCAGCGUGCCCCUGGCCACCACGGUGGGCGCCUGCACCGUGGACGGCCAGGUGCCUGCACCCGGCUCCUGGACCGGCGUCUUCUGCUCCUCCACCGGCGCCAUCGUCGCCAUUGUGCUGCCGAACCAGAAGCUGAGCGGAAGCUUCUCGUCUGACAUCACGAAGCUCACUGCUCUCACCAAUCUGGAUCUGAGUGCCAAUCUGUUCCAGCAGCGCUUUGAGGUCUUCGUUUCGCUCUUCACCGCUCUCAAGACUCUCAAGUCGCUGUCGCUGCAGUACAACUGGUUCUCUAGCUCCAUCCCCUCCGCCCUCCUCGCCCUGCCAGCCCUCUCCAGCGUCAAUCUGAACCGCAACUAUCUGACGGGCGUGGUGCCGGCCAUCGGAGCGGCCGUCAAGUCGCUCAACGUGGCCAACAACUUCCUCUCGGGGUCCUUCCCCACCGCCGCCCUCACGGCGUGCGACGCGCGCUCCAACUGCUUCGCGGACGCCAGCAAGUGCGCCAACACCAACGGCACGGCGCAGAGGGCCACUGCUGAGUGCGCCAUCUGCGGGUCCACCAACGCUGCCGGCGCACUGUGCGGCGGCGGCUUCUGCAUGCCCAACGCCACGGUGCCGGCCGGCACGGGCACGCCCAACGUUGAGGGGCAGGCGGUGCUUCCGCUGUUCUGCCAGGGUGGCCCCAUCGAGGUCAACAUGCGCGGCGCCAUGCUCAACCUCAAGGCGUCGCUGGGCGUGUCCCUUACCGACUGGGCUGCGGCUUCGUCGUGCACCAUUGCUGGGCAGACCGCCGUGCCGGGGGCGUGGUCCAACGUUGUCUGUGACAUGGCGGGCAAGGUCAUCAGCAUCAACCUCAAGGCCCAGCUGCUGAAGGGCAGCAUGCAUGCUGACAUCUCCAAGCUCACCACGCUCACCUCGCUCGUGCUGGAGGGCAAUCUGCUGCAGGGCCGCCUGUCCUUCUUCACCUCGGGCUUUAAGGCGCUCUCCGCCCUCAAGCUGCUCAACGUGCGUUUCAACUUCUUCGCUGGCCCGCUGCCCUCCGCGCUUGCUACUCUCCCGGCGCUCACCAGCCUCGACCUGAGCUACAACUACAUGACGGGGACGGUGCCCGCGAUAGGCACGGCGCUUAAGGAGCUCAAGCUGGCGGGCAACUUCUUCUCAGGCAGCAUCGGCACGCUCACGGGCGUGUCGUGCUCCGCCGAGCUCAACUGCCUCACCUCCCAGGGCAGCUGCACCGCUGGCGGCACAGCCAAACGCGCCCUCUGCAACAUCUGCGGCAGCGCUGACGCCCAGGGCACCCUGUGCAGCGGCGGGCUGUGCGUGCCCAAUGCCACGGCGGCUGUGGCGAGCAACUCGCCCCCAACGCUGUCGACGCCCAUCAUGUCUAUGUACUGCACGGGCGUCAUCAUCGACACCGCUUCAGCGACGGCGCUGGGCAACAUCAAGACGGCGCUGGGAGUGACCUUCACAGACUGGACGGCCGCCACGGCGCUGCUGAAGCCCAAGGCGGCGGCGGGCAGCGGCAGCGGGGCGCUCACGGAUUGGAUGACCACUGGCGGCUACUGCACUGUGGAGGGGCAGCCCCCCGUGGCUGGCUCCUGGUCCGGCGUCCUCUGCAAUUCCCUCGGCCAGCCGCUCGGCCUGGAUUUGAGCAAGCAGAAGCUUGCCGGUACACUCCAUGCCGACCUCAGCAAGCUAUCUCUUCUCACCAGGCUGGAUCUGAGUUCCAACUUCUUCAGAGUGCAGUUCGACACUUGGGGCUCGUCUCUUAAGCUGCUCACCACCCUGCAAUCACUCCGGCUCAACAGCAACUAUCUGUACGGCCCGCUGCCCUCGUGGCUCGUCUCCUUCGCCAAGCUCACGAACCUCGAGGUGAACAUGAACGUGUUCACGGGCACCUUCCCCGCCAUCACCUCCACAGUGCUCAAGCGCCUCCUGGCGGACCAGAACUUUAUGGGAGGCACCUUCCCCGCCAACACGCUCACGUACUGCACUGCCUACUACAACUGCAUGCCCAACCACGCCACCUGCAGCGGUGUCUACUCCAACUACCCCAUCCCUUCCUUUGGCUGCCAGUUCUGCGGCAUGACCAACGCCCUGGGCACCGCGUGCCAGGGCAACCCGUGCAUGCCCGUCACCCCUUCGCCCAUCACAGCCGUCAACAUGUGGAGCCCCGUUCCCGUCAUGCGCUGCGACCCCAUCCGCAUCGACGCCACACAUGCGUCCGCACUGGCUGCCAUAGCGCCGGGCUUGUGGGGCUCUCAGACCAUGUGCACGCCGGCAGGGGAAACCACCAUUCCAGGCACCUUCCCCCUUGUCUACUGCAACGCUGCCGGACAGGUCUUGGAAAUCAAUUUUGCCAAUCUAAAGGCCACGGGUUUCAUCCCCUCCGACGUUUCCAAGCUCGCCACGCUCUCCAAGUUUGACAUGGCCAACAACCUCUACUCCGGCCGCCUGGAGACCUUCCUUGCGCCGCUCCUUCCCCUCAAAGCCCUCAGCGUCCUGCGCCUCAACAACAACUAUUUCUCGGGCUCCUUCCCAUCGACUUUCUCUGCCCUCUCUGCCCUCACCGAACUGAAGGUGCAGAUGAACUACCUGACAGGCAGCGUGCCGGCGGGCCUGCCGGCGAGCCUGAAGAACAUAGACGCGUCCAGCAACUACCUGGUGGGCACGUUCCCCACCACCACCGCCACCUUCUGCUCCUGCGCCAGCAACUGCUUCCAGGACGCCACCAAGUGCGCCAGCGGCAACGUGCAGCGCGCCGCAGGAGCGUGCGCCAUCUGCGAAACCCCCGACGGCACCGGCAGGAUGUGCGGCGGCGGCAUCUGCACGCCCAACGCCACGGACCUGAUUGCAGCCAAGACUCUGAACCCCGGCACCGCGGCCAUGUACUGCCUGGGCGCCACCAUGGACCCCGCCAUGGCUGCCGCACUUCUGAACAUGAAGGCGUCGCUGGGGGUGACGUUCACGGACUGGGCGCUGGACGCGCCGUGCACCAUCGAGGGGCUGCCGCCGCUGCCAGGCGCAUGGAGCAACGUCGUCUGCAACGUCUCUGGCAAAGUCAUGAAGCUCUCCCUGGGGGGUCAGAGGCUGUCAGGGACAAUGCACUCAGACGUCUCCAAGCUCACCGCCCUCACAUACAUCGAUUUGAAGUCCAACCUUUUGGAGGGCCGCUUGGAUGUGUUUGCAGCCAACUUCAAGACUCUCGCCUUGCUCAAAGAAGCCUACUUUGACUCCAACUGGUUCACAGGGCCCAUCCCUUCCACGCUUGUUGCCCUCGCCGCCCUCUCCAACUUUGGCGCGAGCUACAACUAUCUAUACGGCGCCAUGCCCACGCCCGGCGCGGCGCUCAAGACCAUCAGCGUGCAGGGCAACUGGCUGUCGGGCACGUUCCCCGGCACGGGCUUCGUGUCCUGCUCCGCCACCACCAACUGCUUCGCCAGCAUCGGUGCCUGCACCACAGCCGGCACCACGCAGCGCGCCGCUGCCGCCUGUGCCGUCUGUGACACGCUCGACGGCUCCGGCACAGUCUGCGGCGGCGGCACGUGUGCGCCCGACGCGUGGGUGCCGUUCUCCACAAGCACGCCGAACAGCGCCAGCGCCCCCGUGCUCCCGCGCUUCUGCGUGGGCGUCGGGCUGGACGCCACACAGGGCACCGUGCUGCUCGCCCUCAAGACCGCCCUCGGGGUGACCUUCUCUGACUGGACCGCCGCCACCCUCGCUGCCCCCAAGGCAUCCCCCACCAAGCCCAAGGCGGGGUCGAAGCCCAAGGCAGGGUCGAAGCGGCGCCUCAUGCUGGGGAGGGGGUCGGGGCUUUACUACUCGUGGUCGUCGGUGGGGUCGUGCACCAUCCAGGGCCAGACGCCCAUUGCCGGGUCGUGGACCGGCGUGCGCUGCUCGCCGCUCGGACAAAUCGUCAGCCUUGAUCUGCGGAGCCGACUGCUGAGUGGCACGGUGCACUCCGACAUCAGCAAGCUCACCACGCUCACUUCACUGUACCUGACGUCCAACCUCUUCUUCCACCGCCUCGACUCCUACGUUGCGCCGCUCACACCCACCGCCAGCCUCAAGGAGCUCCGAAUCAGCUUCAACUGGUUCUACGGCACGGUCCCCGCCACGCUCGUCAGCAUGCCAGCGCUCUCCGUCCUGGCGAUCAACAACAACUACCUCACGGGCACGCUGCCCAAGCCCGGCGCGGCGAUGAAGGGCUUCGACACAGAGUACAACUUCCUCUCGGGCACCUUCCCCGCCGCCACACUCGCCUUCUGCAGCUCGCGAGGCAACUGCUUCCUGGACGCCACCGCAUGCUUCAGUAUGGACGGCAGCGCGCAGAGGAGCUCCUGCAGUGUGUGCGGGUCGAGCAACGGGCAGAUGCCGCUGUGCGGCGGCGCUGUGUGCACGCCCGACCCCUCCGCCUACGUGGCGUCCAAAGUGCCCAACAGUGCCACCGCGCCCACGCUCGCCCUCCGAUGCCCGCCCAUGCCGCUCGAUGCCGCCACCUCUUCGGCGCUGCUCAACAUCGGGUCGGCGCUGGGCGUGACGCACACGGACUGGAGCGCCAGCAGCAACUGCAACAUCGUCGGGCAGAGCACCCUCGCUGCCAAGACGUGGCCGGGCGUGUGGUGCAGCGGCUCCGGCGCUGUCGUCUCCCUCAUACUGGACAACAUGAAGCUGAGGGGCACCAUUCAUGGCGACAUAACCAAGCUCACGGGGAUCACCUACAUGCAUCUGGGCUACAACCUGCUGUCUGGCAAGCUCACCACCUUCGUCUCCAACAUCACACCACUCACCGCCAUCCAAACCCUGAACCUCAACUUCAACUACCUCUAUGACAGCGUGCCAUCCACUCUCGUCAACAUGGCCUCCCUCACGGAAAUGCGCCUGAGUGUGAACUAUCUUGUGGGGUCACUGCCAGCCAUCCCCACGAAGCUCAAGUACCUGGCAGUGAACCACAACUUCCUCGCGGGCGCCUUUCCCGGGCAGACCUUCCAGUUCUGCGACGUGCGCAGCAACUGCUUCACCUCCACCGGCACCUGCUACAAUGCCUACGGCGUGGCUCAGCGCACCGCCGGCUGCAACAUCUGCGCCACCACUAAUGCCGCGCCGCCCCUCUGCGGCGGCGCUUCCUGCAUCCUCAACGCCGCGGUUCCCCUGGCGGCUGGCACGCUCAACGACUACGCUGCUCCCCUUCAGCCGUUCUAUUGCUCAGCGCCCAAUGUGGAUCCUGUUGCGGCGCAAGCACUGCUAGUGCUGAGGGCAGCACUGGGCGUGCAGCAGAGCAGCUGGCUGGUGGACUCGCCAUGCAACGUGGCGGGCAACCCGCCCGUGCCUGGCAGCUGGGUGGGCGUCGCCUGCGACCUCACCGGCCAAGUUGUCAGCCUGGACCUGCCCAGCAUGGGUCUGCGAGGGAGCCUGCCUGCCGACGUCUCCAAGCUCACUGCCAUCACCAAGAUCAACCUGGCGUCGAACCUGUUGGAGGCGCGGCUGGGCGAAUGGGCCACGGUGCUCACGACGCUCAAGGCGCUCAAGGACCUUUCUCUCAACUACAACUGGUUCUCUGGGCCUCUGCCAUCCUACCUCCUUGGGCUCUCCUCCCUCACAAAGCUCAACCUGGCGUUCAACUACCUCACCGGCACCAUCGCCGGCACGCCCGCGGCGGGGCUCAAGUCGCUCAGCGUGGCGUCCAACUUCCUGGCGGGCUCCUUCCCGGCAUCUUCCAGCACCUUCUGCGACGCGCGCAGCAACUGCCUCACGGACGCGUCCAAGUGUGUCUCCUCAGGCUCCUCCGCGCAGCGCACCUCCGGGUGCAUCCUCUGCGGUGUCGCCAACGCGUCUGCGGUCCUGUGCGGUGGAGGGGUGUGCGUGCCCAACACCGCCACGCCACUCGCCUCCAAGACGCCCAACAGCGCCACGGCAGGCGUGUUGCCGCUCGUGUGCACUGGCGUCAGGAUCGACCCUGCUGCGUUGCCGGUUCUGGCGAACCUGAAGACAGCGCUGGGCGUGCCGCACGGGGGUUGGGGCGUGCAGACGCUGUGCACAGUGACGGGCAUUUACAAGGGCCCCGAGGACAUCCCCGCAGUGUACUGCAACGCCGCGGGGGGCGUGGUGGACCUGUACCUCGCUUACCGCGGCAUGCGCGGCACCAUACACCCCGACAUCUCCAAGUUCACCACGCUCACCUCCAUCGACGUGUCGUCCAACUUCCUGUCAGGGCGGGUGGACCCCUUCAUCUCGGCCCUCUCUCCGAUCCCCAACCUGCUCAGCGUAGUGCUGGAUUACAACUUCUUCUCGGGCUCGCUGCCCUCCACCAUCUCGGCCCUCAAGACCCUUAACGAGCUGAGCCUGGCGUGGAACUACCUGACAGGCACGGUUCCGGCACUAAGUGCCACGAUCAAGAACCUGGACCUUCAGAACAACUGGUUCGUCGGCACCUUCCCCACCGGCACCUUCACUUCCUGCACCGUCCGCGCCAACUGCUUCACCGACCCCACCAAGUGCACGGCCACCACCCUGGGGCUCACCCAGCGGCCCGCCUGCGACAUCUGCGGCAGCACGGAUGGCAAGGGCACGCUGUGCGGUGGCACGGCCAUCUGCCAGCCCGACCCCGCCGCCGUGAAGGCAGUCACUGCCAUCCCCUCCUCCACCACCCCCGUGCUCGGCCUCACCUGCCCGCCCACUCCGCCGGUCGCCACUGACGCCACUGCAGCGACGGCGCUGCUGAACAUCAAGGCGGCCUUGGGAGUGACGUACACCAACUGGGCGGCCGGAGCCAUAUGCACCGCUGUGGGCAGCACGGGUGCAGGCGGCUUCACGGGCGUCGAGUGCGACCCUCUGGGCAACCCCGUCAAGAUCACCCUGGACAGCCAGAAGCUGUUUGGUAUUCUGCAUGCGGACAUUACCAAGCUCACGGCACUCACAUUCAUCUCGCUCAAGUCGAAUCUCUUCAAGUCGCGCCUCGAGGAAUUUGCUGUCAAGAUCCCCUCGCUCCCUAACCUCGCAGUGCUGCUGCUUGACUUCAACUGGUUCUACGGCAGUCUGCCCCCGGCUCUCGUCGGCAUGGCCAAGCUCACGCGCCUUGGCAUCUCCUACAACUACCUGUCGUACCGCGUGCCGCCGCUGUCAGCAGCCCUCAAGGACAUCGACAUGUCCAACAACUUCCUGUCGGGCACCUUCCCUGCCAACUCCGCCACGUCCUGCGGCGCCGCAAGCAACUGCCUGCUCAACGCCGCGGCGUGCACUACCAAGGCCGCGUCCACGCAGCGGUCGUCCGGGUGCAACAUCUGCAGCACCACCUCCACCACGGGGCAGGGCAUGCUAUGCCUCGGCCGCGGCAUCUGCACCGUCAACGCUGCUGUGCCGUUCAACGCCCAGACCCCCAACGCUGCCGGCGCCGCCAUCCUGCCCUUGACUUGCAUCGAUCUGGUUUGCGGCUCCGCCUCCCCCUGGUUUUGCCCCACCGAUUGGCGCUGUGCCGGUCUGCAGUGCGUCAACAACUUUGUCAACUGCAUUGGCUACCUCUGCGUCUAGAGGCUCCCAUCAAUGGACUGGCUUUGGCUGCCUGUGCGCCUAGGCUCUAGAGAGUGCUGCUAACUGUGUGACCUAGAGUGCCAUUUGGUCUGCUUUGGCUGCCUCAGCGUCUAGAUGCUGAGCCUUCAUUAGUUACCCCUGCUACUUCUGCAUCUGCGAUGCUCUUAGCCUGCAUUAGUAGUUACCCCUCUGCAUUUGGAUUGUCAUUCCGUUGGCCGUCGAUGCCUGGAAUGCCAACUUCCAUUGUCUCCAUUUUUCUAGACUUCGUACGUACCGUACCUUACUUCUACGAUCAUGAUUUGCUACAUUGAGUUGGUGGUUUGUGGAUUGUGCACAAAUUGUCUUUGCAGCAGAUGAACCGAUUAGUGUUUUGCUUUUUGCUUCCGGAACUUGUUUGACCUUGCUGUAAAUGGUAGUAGACAAAUGAGUAAAU